AUGGCAACUCCAGAAAAAGAAAGUGUUAAUGCUGACAGAACCCCAAUUAUACCUAAUUUUGUUGUUUUCCCGCCCCCAACAAUCUGCCUUUCAAAACAAAUGCAAAAAACACUUGAAUUACACGUCGCUUGCCAAGCUUAUCCACCAGCACAAAUAACUUGGUUUAUUAACGGAAAAGGAUUGGCAGAAGAGUUGGAGAAAAAUGAAUAUCGAGUACUUACUGAACAUAAUGAAUCUAGAUUGUUAGUAGAGAGUGGGGGUGAGGGUGGGCUACCCAAGGAAGGAAUUUAUGUAGCGGAGGCUUCUAAUGCUUAUGGAACGGGAAGAUGUGAAACAAUGGUCACAAUCUCGGAUGAUGUCUUGUCUACGAUUGAUGAAAACUCUCUAGAUGAUUCCGAAACAGUAACAAAAAUAAUUCAAAAAAGAGUAGAACGCCAAGAAUUGUUUGAACAAGAUUCUGACGAGGAGGAUGAAUUUUUAAACGAAAAGGAUGGGAACGGUGAUGAUAAAUUUUUUGUAAGCACACAAACAAUUGAAGAAGCACCAAUGAGGGAAGUAGAACAGAUUCACAUUCUACAACAAAAGAGACCAGAAAUAGUUCUAGCUCCAGACAGUCGAAUAUUUGUUCCAGGUGGACUUCCUCUUGUUUUAGAGUUGAAAGCGGAUUCGGAAAGUGAUUGUACUAUUCGUUGGUAUUUAAAGAAUUUUGAAUUACAUCCAAAUGGAAAUACAGUGAUUGUUGAGAAUUUGGAAAGAAAUCAUGAGAAACUCACAAUUCUAAACCCAACAGAAGGUAUUUACAAAGCAGUAAUUCAAAAUGACCAUGGAAUGGCUACUUUUGAAUGUCGAGUACUUGUAGAAGUUCCCCCUCAAAGUGAUCAAGAUUUACCCGAAUUUAUGCAACGAUCCCGUGCCCUACUUCUAAAAUCCCCAACACCCCCUCCAAUUUUUAAACCAGAAAAACAGCGUCCAACGAAAGAAGAAAGUGAAGCAGUUAAACGAAUUGAUAUAGCUCCAAAGAUUAUUUCAGAAUUUGAAGAGGUUUAUAGAAUAGGAGAGAAUAUGCCGUUUGAAUUAGAUGUUAAAGCAGAAGCUAGGCCUGAAGCUCAAUUUCAAUGGAAACAUAACAAUUUUGAAAUAAAAUCGAAUGAUCAAGUACAAAUUAAACAUGUUGGUGAGAAUAACGAGAAAAUAUCUUUUGCCAAGGCGGUUGAUGGAAUUGUCGAGGUUCAUGCUGUGAAUAAAUUAGGAAAGGAUAUUAAACGAACAAAAGUGGUGGUCGAUUAUAACUUUGAUCCUUCAAAUGAAAAUAAUAUUAAUAAAUUAACUGUAGAAAUUGUAGAAAGAAAGGAAGGGAAGGAUGAAGGGCCAAAAAAAUUGGAAAAGAGGAAGAAAGAUACGCAAGAAGUUAAAGCAAAUGGAGAUUUAGAAGGCGUUGAAUUUAGUAAAAAGAAAUCAAAGAAAAUAGCUGAUAAAGCAGAAGAAACUGAAGCAAAGCAAAGCCUAGACAACGAUUUAAUUAGUAUUGAGAAACAGGAAGGUUAG